GGUUUUGAUACAGCAACAGGAUUGAAUAUAACGGGAGGCCAGCCAGCGGAGUGUUAUCAUUUAAGGAAAAGAGUUCGUGGGAUAAAAACAGUGUGCAGUUUAUCAGCAGAUUCGAUACAAAGGACUAAGCUUAUCAGGACAUUAUUGCAGUGAAAAACAGACAGACUGCAUUCAGAAGCCGCUAUAAAAGCCACCCAAUCACUCAUCACUCACCCACGCAUGUGUCUGUACUUGGGAGUCGUGGAGCACCUGCUGGAUGUGGUGGCCUACUGCAUGUGCCGUGUCCUGGAGCUGUCCCUGUUCACCUGCAUGAUGGUCUGCGGAUCCCUAAAGGCCAAGCUCACCCAUGGACCCACCAACGAACUGGAGCAAUGACCAGGACACUACGAGAGCUGCUAAAAAUGAUGUGUGUGUGUGUGGGUGUGUGCUUUGGUUCAACUAAAAUUUAUUAAAGAAAACUUUUCUAGUGGCGAAUAAAUUAC